AUGGCUUCAUCAAGAUUCCUUCUUCCAGUGACUAUUUCCACCGUUUCGUUAGGAAUUGGUAGCUGGCUGGGGAUUCAUUAUGAAAAGAAGAACAAAUGCGUAGCCACUUGUGAUAAAGUUUGGAAUUUGCCAACAGCAAAUUGUGCUGUAUCAACGACAACAAAAUCACCUGUUGCUAUUGGCAACGUGGGAGAAAUAAUGAAAUACGGAUACCCAAGCCUAACAAAUCUAAAAAAACAUGGCGACUUUGUCUUAUCAUAUGAUCGAAGAAAUCGUAUCCCAAACUGGGUGUUUGAGCACCUUACGGCACAAAAAGUGGCAUACAAUGACGUCAUUGACCGAGAGAAUUGUCAGUUUUUUGAAGACAAUGAUGUCCAUGUUUACUUUCGCUCAACUAAUGCAGAUUAUUACAAAAGUGGAUAUGACAGAGGUCACAUGGCUGCAGCAGCCAAUCACAGAACAUCAAUUGAAACUAUGCAACAAACUUUCUUUCUGAGCAAUGUUGCACCACAGGUUGGUGCUGGUUUUAAUAGAGAUAUCUGGUGUGAUUUGGAAAAAUAUGUCAGGAAGUUGACAAAGAAAUACAAAAAUCUUUAUGUGUGUACUGGACCACUAUACUUACCAAGGCAAGAGCGAGAUGGGAAACAGUAUGUAAAAUAUGAAGUAAUUGGGAGAAACCAUGUUGCUGUUCCAACUCAUUUCUUCAAAGUCAUUCUGUGCGAGACCGACAAGGGAGAGUUUGAUGUUGAAUCUUUUGUCAUACCAAAUGCAGCACAACCAGAAAAAGCAAAAUUGAAUUUAUAUCGUUUUUCCAUAGAAUCCAUAGAGAGAGCAUCUGGGUUGCUUCUGUUUGAUAAGAUACCCAGAGAAUUUUUCCGCAAUAUUAACAGAAUUAAGUGA